AUGCGACCUUACGCCAUGCAGCAUCAGCCCCACUCUAUUUCUGAAUUUUCCAACGGCAGCACGCCGUCUCUUGGAAACCAACUUCCAUCUCUUUCCAGUACGCCCACCAUGAACCAAUCCAUGGUCAAUCUUGCACAUAGUUUACGGACGAGUUCUCCUCACAAACGUUCCGAAGUUGAUGCAUCAUCAUCGACUCCAUCAGCUGCAGUAGCGCCAGAUAGGCGCAAUUUGAAGAUGAACGCUGGUGAUUUUAUGCCAGGCACACAAUCUUCGAAAGUGACUGUCAAGAAUCAGGACGGUAGUGUGUUGAAGCUAGAAACGUUGAAGAAGAGGAGUCUGGAGGAGGCCAUAGAGAAGCUUGAAAGGGAGGCGAGAGACCAAGCUAAGCUUGAGAAGGAGGCUAGUGACUUUAGACCUUCUGAAAGCCAAGAAACGCUUAGGAGGUUCGAGGGUGAUGGUACAAGUGAGGAUGUUAUCGCACCGCCUAUGUCUGGCGAUGGCGAUACUACUCCCAAGAGACCCGGAAAGAAAGAUCAUUUGAGGAUAGAUACUUCCACACCACCGCCAACCACCGUCAGAGGACGACCCUACCCUCUUGAUCUUGCUAUUUCCAGGAAGGAUACUUCAGGCCCUCGGCCUUCAGUAUUUUCGGCUGCCAACUUCAUUGAAGAUCUUGACCAAAUCAAGUACCCCGAUGGUAUCAAAUUUCCGAAAGUAGAGGAUGGUAAAUUCAGAUAUGAUCGCGAUUUCCUCCUACAAUUCAUGACCGUAUGCAAAGAGAAACCAGAUAUGCCAUCUCUCGAGACUAUGGGUCUCGAGCCUGUUGAUGAAACCUCAUUCGAGAUGACUCCUCGCGAUCCUAGGCGUCAGCAGCCUCCUCCAGGCUCCGUGGCUCUCGCUGAUUCGAUUCACCAGAGCUCCGUUGACCUUGGCACUAGUUCGAGAAACAAGCCUCUAAUCAGCCGUCAAUCUUCACCUUCAAUCAAUAUCACCACGCCUAGUAACAAACAUAUAAAUGAGAAGAAAUUCAGCGCCCCUCCUGGCGCUGGGUCCCUAGGUUUACAGAUUGAUAAUCUAUUCACAAACGGGUUCCAGAGUGGACUCGGGGGACAGCAAGUAGGCGGUGGUUCUACACGAAAGAAGAGGGGUAAGAAGAGGAAUCCGAUCAACAUGGAGAUACCACAGGCACUACCCGAAUCUCAGGUAACUCUACAAAAGCCCGGCACGUCAACUUUGGUCGCUGCCCCGAUCAAACCAGCGGUCCUUCUCGAAAUAUCUGCGUAUAGCUGGGGUGCUACAAACAAGGCGCGCAAGGCUCGGUUAGGUAUGGGCUUGUUCGACAGUGGAUGCAGAAGCGUGAGGGCCCUAUUAAACAAGCUAACGCUUGAUAACUUCGAGGCGAUUUCGAAUCAGAUCGUCGCAAAGGCCAACGGGAACGAGCUGGAGGAUGGACGUACCCUAGUUCAGAUCAUCCGUCUUAUUUUUGAACAGGUUGUUCGCUCGACCAAGCGGUGCAAUAUGUAUGCGCGCCUUUGUCAAAAGUUGAUCGAACAGAUUAGCUUGGAGGUGCAGGACGAGUCCACUGAGGACGGCAAGGGGAAGCCCUUUGCUGGUAGUCGUCUGUUCAAGAAAUUAUUGCUUAUUCAUUGUUGGGAGUAUUUUGAGCAGAUAGACGACGCGAGUAAGAUGGAGAUUAUGGUGAAGAAUAAAAAAGGUAAAACGGCCAAGGCAGUACAGGAGAAUAAAAGUGGUGGGAGUGAAAGAGAGUUCAGCUUUGAUGAUGCCCGAAAGGGAAAAUGUCAGGACCUAGCUUUCAUCGAAUUCAUCGGUGAGCUGUUCAAGCUCCAGAUGCUUGGGGAGCGGAUUAUGCACGAUUGCGUAAAGAGGCUGUUAGGGAACAUGGAGAACCCCGAAGAAGAAGAAAUCGAGAGAUUGUGCAAACUUCUCAAUACGGCUGGCCAAAGCAUGGAUACAUCUAAAGCAUGCGCACACCUAGAUGUGUACUUUGCGAGAUUAAAGGAGCUUAGGAAAAGUCCGGAUGCCAACGCACGCACGCAAUUCAUGAUCCAGGACCUCGUUGAAUUACGAGAGCGUAAAUGGGUAACUCGCGACGCUCUAGCUGCUCCAGUGGCAGCUCUUGCGGUUCGAGGGCGGACUGCAAAGAAGAAAGCUCCAGAAAAGGGCUCGUAUCGAGCUCAACUGGACGCGUCUUCGGGCGGUUCAUGCAGAAGUGAAAGUGACACUAAAACGGGCCCUGAAUUGGGGACUGCAGGUAGCCUGGGUCCCUCGAGACCAUCCGGGAAAGCGAACGAUCUAUCCUACUUUGGUAGGAUCAACAAAGCCAUGCCAGGGACGUUCGGGCCUAGUAGUAUAUUCGCUGGCAAGAAAGAGCUUGGACGGCGUGGGUCACUGUCGCAGACGAACUCUAGUUCAAAUAUGUUUGCGAUACUGAGCCAGAACCCGGAAUCUGCAGCCGAAGCAGCCGCUGUGAAACCUAGUCGACCACCGAGCCGCGAGACCAACGUGGAGGUUAACCGGUCUGGUUUAACAGAGCAACCUAUUAAAAGGAAGAAGUUACAGCUGCUCCCUCGGUCGAAGGCUACAGUCAAAGAGUCUUCACCUGCAGUCAUAAAUGGAGACAAUCACUACGAAAACAUUGUAGGUGAUGGUUCCUCGAUGACGGAGAAAGAAUCACAGAAGAAAAUAGACGAGGAUGUGAAGGAGUUCUUUGGUGUCAGGAAUCUAGAAGAAGCUGAGGUUUACUUCACGAAUCUUCCAGCCGAGCAUAGGUUCAGGCUGGUCGACAAGUUGGUAGCAUCAGCGUUGGAGAGAAAGGAGGCCGAUGCACGAUUGGUAGGGGAGUUCUUUGCGCAAGCAUCGGACAAGGGAGCGUGUGAUGCGAGUGCUUUCGAGGACGGUUUCACACCGAUGGCUGAGUUCUUGGACGAUAUUGCCAUUGAUGCGCCCAAGGCUUUCGAAUACAUGGCGAUAAUGUUACGCGGAGCAGGCAUGGACAAAGAUGAGGAGAGACUGGGUAGAAUUCAUCAACCUCAUUCUACUCCUGAACCUCUCCACGGCAUACCACCGUCGCCUCGGGUCCAAUCUUUAACCGUUCCUGGCGUACCCAUCGUGGAUCGAGUGCCCAGUCCUGCAUGUAGUACGCAUCCGACUUCCGUGUACCUGCCCUCCAGCAGCGUGGAUGUAGCAUCAUUGAUACCAUCAACUGUAAUAGCCCCUCACGAGUAUAAUUUGAUCACGAAGGCUAGUGUGGAUGUGCCUAGCCCGCAUUCAUUAGAGGCGAUCACCGAGAUCCAGGACGGUACGGAGCUCAAUCUGGAGGCAUCAGACAAGCAUAGCUUAGCACUACUCCGUUCACCUGGCGAAGUUGCAGGUCGAAGAUCCCUCAGUGUAGAGCGUGAUGGGUUCAAGAUGAUGCUUCUCGAGGGGAAGAAUGAAGAGUACCAGUUGAGACAGGAGGAGGAAGAAGGGGGAAGAAAGGAGGAUGAGAAGCAGGUUGAGGGUGACAACGAGGGGCGGAAAUUGGUGCAAACAGAUGCUCAGUUAAAAAAAGAGGAAUUCAAGAACAUGACCGGAUCUCCACAACGUCUAACAAUAUCCAGUGAGUUCGAGGAGGGCGAUACAAUGGAAGUGUACCAGAAUUCUGUCGGGCUUCGCAUUGCUUUUGGAGGCAAAUCUGCAGUUAGUAGUCCAUUUCUGUCCAUGGACAAGCUCCCUAUAUCUAGCAGGGCCGCAAGCGAAGAGCGGAAUGUGCUUUUAUCCGGCGGUCGUUUGACUUCAGCCGGAACCGACUCUGUGCAUUCAGAAAUCAGGUGUCUGUACACGCCGCAGCCCCAAGCCCAAUAUGAUGAACAUAAUAAGUUGGCAGAGACGCAGAUGAGCGAUGUGGAGAAAGAAGAACGUCUGGGUCAGGUUGUAUCGCAUGACACUCCAAAAGUUGGCUUGCCGGUUCUCAGUGCUGUUUCUCUUGAAGCAGUUGCUCCUCUCAGAAAGUCUGCCAAUCGUUGGGUUCGAUCUCGCAAGGCGCAAAUAGACACGGAUUCGUCUUACAUCGUCGACCGCAAAGUCAGAGCUCUUCUAAACAAGCUAACUAUGACGAAUUUUGAGUCCAUCACAGAUCAAAUCAUUGCAUGGGCCAAUAAGAGCGGGAAGGAAAAAGACGGACGAACGCUCAUCCAAGUCAUUCGACUUGUUUUCGAGAAAGCCACCAAUGAGGCUAUGUGGAGUGAAGUGUAUGCUCGUCUUUGCAAGAAGAUGAUGGAACAAAUCAGUCCCAAAGUGCAAGACGAUGGCAUCAAGGAUGUUGAAGGGAAUCCUAUUGCGGGUGGUCAGCUUUUUAGGAGAUACUUGCUUAACCGUUGCCAAGAAGAUUUUGAACAUGGAUGGGGAGUAAAGAAGACAACCACUCUAGCUGCCGAGACUAUCGAAAAAGAUGAGAAAAGAGUUUCAUCCGAUGAGUUCUAUGUCACUCAACAGGCUAGGCAGCGGGGCCUCGGUCUCGUCAAAUUCAUUGGCGAGCUAUUCAAGUUGCAUAUGUUAGGUGAGCGGGUCAUGCACGAGUGUGUCAAGAGGCUCCUUGUUAACGUGGAGAAUCCUGAGGAGGAGGACAUUGAGAGCUUGUGCAUGUUACUCAGUACGGUUGGUGAAAUCUUGGAUACUCCCAAAGCACGCGCACACAUGGAUGUAUACUUCACGCGGAUGAAGAACAUCGAUAAAAGUGGAAAUGUUAGUCUGCGUAUACAGUUUACGCUUCAGGAUAUUAUCCAAUUACGCGAACGUAAAUGGGUAGGUAGAAAACCUGUGGCUGCCCCAAUGACGCCCACUGCGAUUCAUGAAACGAUACCAAAGAGAAAGCUGCCCAGAAGAAGCGGUUUCACAACCAAAUGA